AUGGGACAGGAAGGCUCCCUUCCUGCCUGUGUCCUGGACUGCCAGGGCUCCAGCCUGGGGCCUGCACUGAGCCUCGGGCUGUGGGGGUGGGAGCAGGGCUGGGUCCUGGGAUCCGGGGUGCAGCGCUGUGACCAUGCUUCCUCUGCAGUGCUGGAGCAGCUGCUCCCCGAGCUCACGGGGCUGCUCAGCCUCCUGGACCACGAGUACCUCAGCGACACCACCCUGGAGAAGAAGAUGGCCGUGGCCUCCAUCCUGCAGAGCCUGCAGCCUCUCCCAGAAAAAGAAGUCUCCUAUCUGUAUGUGAACACAGCCGACCUCCACUCCGGGCCCAGCUUCGUGGAGUCCCUCUUUGAAGAAUUUGACUGUGACCUGAGCGACCUUCGGGAUAUGCCGGAGGACGAUGGGGAGCCCGGCAAAGGAGCCAGCCCUGAGCCAGCCAAGAGCCCGUCUCUGAAACAUGCAGCAGACCUGCCUCCACCGCUCCCAAACAGGCCUCCGCCUGAGGACUACUAUGAGGAGGCCCUUCCCCUGGGGCCAGGCAAGUCCCCUGAGUACAUCAGCUCUCACAAUGGCUGCAGCCCAGCCCACUCCAUUGUGGAUGGCUACUACGAGGACGCAGACAGCAGCUACCCCUCAACCAGGAUGAACGGAGAAAUGAAGAGCUCCUACAACGACUCUGACGCAAUGAGCAGCUCCUACGAGUCCUACGAUGAGGAGGAGGAGGACGGGAAGGGGCUGCAGCCCACGCACCAGUGGCCCUCGGAGGAGGCCUCCAUGCACCUGGUGAGGGACUGCAGGAUAUGUGCCUUCCUGCUGCGGAAGAAGCGCUUUGGGCAGUGGGCCAAGCAGCUGACUGUCAUCAAGGAGGACCAGCUCCUGUGUUAUAAAAGCUCGAAGGACCGGCAGCCACAUCUGAGGCUGGCACUGGAUGCCUGCACUGUCAUCUACGUGCCCAAGGACAGCCGGCACAAGAGGCAUGAGCUGCGCUUCUCCCAGGGGGCUACGGAGAUCUUGGUGCUCGCACUGCAGAGCCGGGAGCAGGCCGAGGAGUGGCUGAAGGUCAUCCGAGAGGUGAGCAAGCCCAUCACAGGGGCCGAGGGGGCAGACAUGCCCAGAUCCCCAGUCCUCCUGUGCAAACUGGACCUGGACAAGAGGUUAUCCCAAGAGAAGCAGACCUCAGACUCCGACAGCCUGGGCAUGAGCGAUAACUGUUCCACCCUUGGCCGCAGAGAGGCCGGCGAACACGCAACAGGCAAAGGGAAGAAGAGCAGCCUGGCAGAGCUGAAGGGUUCGAUGAGCAGGGCUGCAGGCCGCAAGAUCACCCGCAUCAUCAGCUUCUCCAAGAGGAAGGCGCUGGCCGAUGACCUGCAGAUGUCCUCCACCGAAGAGGCGGUUCCGUGCUGUGGCUACCUGAAUGUGAUGGUGAACCACGGCUGGAAGGAACGCUGGUGCCGCCUGAAGUGCAACACUCUGUAUUUCCACAAGGAACGCACAGACCUCCGGACCCACGUGAAUGCCAUUGCCCUCGGGGGCUGUGAGGUGGCCCCGGGCUUUGGGCCCAGACACCCAUUUGCCUUCAGGAUCCUGCGCAACCGGCAGGAGGUGGCCAUCCUGGAGGCAAGCUGCUCAGAGGACAUGGGCCGCUGGCUGGGGCUGCUGCUGGUGGAGAUGGGCUCCAAAGUCACUCCCGAGGCCCUGCACUACGACUAUGUGGACGUGGAGACCUUGACCAGCAUCGUCAGCGCCGGGCGCAACUCCUUCCUAUAUGCAAGAUCCUGCCAGGAUCAGUGGCCUGAGCCCCGUGUCUACGACGAUGUCCCUUACGAAAAGAUGCAGGAUGAGGAGCCUGAACGUCCCACCGGUGCCCACGUGAAGCGCCACGCCUCCUCCUGCAGUGAGAAGUCCCAUCGAGUGGAUCCGCAGGUCAAAGUCAAGCGCCAUGCCUCCAGUGCCAAUCAAUACAAGUACGGUAAGAACCGAGCUGAGGAGGAUGCCCGGAGGUACCUGGUAGAAAAAGAGAAGCUGGAGAAAGAAAAAGAGACAAUCCGGACAGAGCUGAUGGCACUGCGGCAAGAAAAGAGGGCGCUAAAGGAUGCCAUUCGGAACAAUCCAGGAGCAAAGUUAAAGGUUCUGCAGGAGGCCGUGGCCACACUGGAAGCUCAGUGUCGGGCGAAGGAAGAGCACCGGAUCGACCUGGAACUGAAGCUGGUGGCUGUGAAGGAGCGCUUACAGAGGUCUCUGGCAGGGGGCCCAGCCCUGGGACUCUCCAUAGGCAGCAAGAACAAGAGUGCGGAAACUGCAAAUAAACCCCAGAACAAUCCUCCAGAGCAACCUCUCCCUGUCAACUGUGUUUCUGAGCUGAGGAAGAGGAGCCCAUCCAUCGUAACCUCCAACCAAGGACGGGUGCUGCAGAAAGCCAAGGAAUGGGAAAUGAAGAAGACCUAGAAAGAGGAUGAGAAUUUUAUCCAAAGGAAAUAUCAGCUUGUCCAUCUAAGACGGAAAUGCUUUUUUCACAAGGAGCUACCAGAAGACUGAAAGUAGCCCCCACCCUCUGGGGCACCCAAAAGACCAGCCUUUAUUGUCUGCAUGAUCAAAAGGGGUAUAGGGAGGGAAGAAGUAGAAGGGAAGAGGGAAAUGAAGGGCAUCCCUAUAUAACCUUACAGAGGGUGGGAAAUGGGGGUGGAGGGAGACAGACAUCUGCCCAGUUGUAAAGGUUUUGUUAAAUGUCUUUGCCUUCCCUUCUGAAGAAAUGAAAGCACGUGUGAAUAAGCCAUUCCAUCCCACUCUCAGCAUCCCAUUCCCAGUCCCUAGGGCAAAGGAAGGCAGUGCUGAAGUAUCAGUGAUGCAAUAGAGAGAGGCGACUUGAUCAUCCAAUCACAUUUGUGUUGGGCAUUAUUGACAGCCUUUGGGCAAGAUAAAUAGGCUCAAAAAUCAAUAGAACUAUCCCUUCCUGCAUAAAGGUGCACAAAAGCUAUAGAGAACAUGCAAAUUCUACAAUCAUUCCUCAUCUGCUUUAGGCAGAUGCAGUGACCAGAACUCCAGAUUUGAAUUGUUUUCAAAUCAGAGAUCUAAGUAAGCAGCAGGCAAGGAGAGGUUCAGUAGCUGACCUAUGUUAAGCUCUGAGUGAUGCUCAAUGACAGGAGCAUGGAUUGCUAAUGUCCACAAGAAGUAUCGAGCUUUGUAGGGUGGGGUCAUUUGCUGUCAAUCAAGUCCUUUCCCUAUUUUAUAUGAUGCUCUGGCUCCAGAGUUAUGGUUAGAAAUGCAGGAGACACUCUUAAUAUGUUUAUCCUCAUCUUGCACUCAAGAGGCCCACCUGUCUGCUCUUCCGUAUCUGCCAUCAAGUAAAACUGUCAGGGAGAACCAAGAGGACAGUGGCCCAUUUCUGCCACAUGAGUGCCUUUUAUAAGCACUUGAUAUUUUUGUAGAGGAGCAAGGACCUCAAGCCCUGGGCAGUCUCCUUGCUGUGCCACUAAUGACUUUCUCAACACUGUGGGCAUUUUAUAAGUCUACUACAUUUCCCUCCAAUAAAGAUAAAACCAUUGAGCCGUUGGAGCUCAGAGGUUAGCUCAAGGGGAGAGAAGGGAAAUCCCAUAAUAACCUCUGGACACUCUGCUAGAGGCUUCACAUACUUGACCCUGCCUAAGGCUUUACAUACUUGAAGCCUCGUCCAAACUUUUCCACCCUCUGAGGUAGCUGGAGACCAGAGCAAGAAAAAUAACCUGACCCAAAGCACCCAGCUGGUCAGUGGUGGAGCAUAAGUUUUAGGGCCUAUAGAGCCUGUCUGUAUCCAGACAGGGCUGGGUUUGAGCCCUGCCUCUGCCACUUAACAGCUGUGACUUUGGGAAAGUCACUUGACCUCUCUCAUUCUUGUUUUCCUUGCCUAUCAAAACCAGGUUAACAAUAGUACGUCCCUCCCAAGACUGUUGGGGGAAUUAAGUGAGAUAAUACAUGGGAAGCAUCUUACACAGUGUCCAAGUAAUAGUAAACAUCUAGUCAAUAGUGGUUCUUAUUAUUGACUUUUACAUGGUAAUUACAACCACCAAAAGCUAUAAGGCAACAAUCUGUAAGUGAGUUUUCAUCCAGAUUCCACCUGUGUAUCUUCAAUAGCAGGCACUCACAUACUCUGGAUUGUCAAUAUGCUUUUUAAAAUGUGAAUCUGAAAUGUCACCUGACAACCCAAUUUUGUCAUUGUUUCCCAUGUAGUUAUUUUGAGACUAAGUGUCUUUUUCCACCAAUAAAUCUUAAGACUCCUUUGAGAGGUG